AUUAUAAAUGAUUUAUAUUUAUAGGAUUUUGAUGAGCAGAAAUUUUGGACGUUUUGAUUGCGACAAAAUAGAUACCGACGAUACAGACUCGCAAUACUCGUUGUACUCGAACUCGUCGUCUCCAUCUCUGAUCGACGACUCGCACCAAAACUCUCCAAAUCAAGACUCGCAGAACAGCUCUUCGGAUGGCUUCUCGAAACUGCUUCCAACCAAGAAGACGGGAAAUUCUGUGGCCGCCAAUCAUAUAACCAAACAGUUAGUUCAGGAGACGCUUAUGGAUGAAGGACUCAGAGUUGUCAAAGAGCUCACGGAUCAGAUCAGAGACGCCGGCAAUGGCGUCGAUUUACGAGUGUUUAACAAGUUGUCGGACUCUCCGCGCACUUCCAACUCGUCGUCCAGUUGUACGGUCUCCUCGUCUUCGCCGGCACUCGAACUCCAGCGCCAGCUCUUCAAACAGGACCAGCCCCUACCCAUGAAAUUUGAAAUGACCCUUGGUUAAAUGAAUGGUUCAACCAUGGUUAAACUGCAAUAUUUACACUUACAGGCAAAGAUUCGAUCGUGUUAAGUGCCGAUUCUGUCAACUAGUCCAUUUUUGUCAACUUAAUACAAUAGACCCCUCGUCUGUUUGAAACAACCAAAAAGCACAUAACAAUAGGCAUAACGUAAUAAAAAUUAUACCGAUUCUGUGAAUGUCGAGAUGCUGUCAAUUAGUCGUUACUGUCAACUCAUUUUCAUACAAAGUAUAUCACAUUUCAAUGUAUUUCAUUGUGUAUUCGUGUGUCAAAGCAAACAAAACAAACAAAUUGUAAAUUUUAUCAAAAGUUUUUAAUUCUGUAAUUAUUAAUAGAAAUCUAAUCCCUCGAUCUAAUAGUGUUUUUACUCUAAAACUUGUAAACUAAUUGUAUAUAAUUUUUUCAAAUAUUGUAAUACCUUAUCGACUGAUUGGAUAACACAAUACUGUAUCCAAUACUGCGAUAUACUUCUGUCAAUCAAACGAUAACUCAUUUUAAUGGACAAUUGAAUUGAGUUUUAAAAAGUGUUUAAAAAUACAUAUUAGUCAUUGAUUUUUUAAUACAACACAAUUAAUCCGCUAUUUUUUGUUUGUUUUGUUUCAUUUUGUGAAUUACGUACGAUUUAGUGGCGGACUUUUGUAUGAUUACUGGAUUCUGUUAACUGAUCGGUGGUAUCAACUAAUCAGUUGUGAACGGUUUACUUGACACGAUCGGGGUCUCUGUUACUGUAUUUGAAUAGGCUUAAUUUUAAAACGAUAUCCCCCACCCCUAACAUAUUACAAAUUAGUUAUAUAUGUAAUUGUCAUAUAUAUUGUUAACCCUCCAAACAACCAAAAAAAUUGUAUUCAUUUUUUUAAAUUAGAGAAAUUUGUUUUUAAAGUUAGUUUUUAUGCAUAAAAUGCAAAAACUUUUCGAUAAUUUCCGGAUAAAUAACCCGUAAAUUAGUCCUCACUAUCGGAUCCAGAGUUUUAAUAUGUGUGCAAAAAAUGGCUCUGAUUUUUGGUAUAAAUUCGGAUAUUUAUAAAAAAGUUUUACAUUACUUUUAAAAAAGGUAUUGACGAUUGGUGAACAGGGAGAGAAUGGGAAUAUGGUCAAUUUUGCAUAUAGAAUCCAUUAUAGAAUGCAUUCUAUAGUGAAAUUGAUCAUAUUCUGUAUAUUUGUGGAUACAUUUUUGUGAUGAACAUUUCGGUCCCCUUUUUGAUCUCAUGUUAAGUUAUUUUUACAUUUUUCUUAUUAAUCAAUACAUUUGAUCGAUUAAUUCCAUAUUAAUGAGUACUUAACGCCAUAUCAAAUAACCAAAACAUUAAUGUAAUUUACUUUUAUGUUAAUCGGGGGCUUCAUAUAAACGCCCAAUAAAUUGUCAUUAUAUAUAUAGUUGUAGAAGAGGUCGACUGAUUUGCUUAUGUAGAGUCAGUCCGCCGUUGCUUUUGCCUCAAUAAAAAACAUUACAUUUCAUUUGCAAACCAA